AAUAUAUGAAUACCCUGCCUGAGAAGAUGCCUGUGUAGUGAAAUAGGGCGAUUAUUCGCACCACACCGAAGCAACUGCUGGGAAUAAAUGUUGAGUGAACUCUGAAAUAGGCGACACCUCAAGCAGGUAUCCAUCAACAUGCAUAAGACGGUCAACCCGUAUUCAAGGUGCCCAAUACAGAUAGGAAUCCCCUCUACUUGCUAUCAAGAGGAAGGGGGCUUGUCCGGUUGCAUCGGUGGGCAUCCUCCAGACAAUCGUAUUGCCGAUCAACCCAUUAAGUGGGCAUUGCAUAGUGUACAUAAAAGAAGAAGAUUUGAGACGAAACCACAAGUACAACUCGAUUUGGUCUCAUUGAAUAGCGAUCACGGCUUCAGGAGGAUUUGUUGGCAGUAUUUGAUACCACCCUUGCACCUUCCGAACUUUGAAGCUUGGACCUUCCGGGAAAGAACUAGACUAGAUCGACUAUGCAGACCCGGAGUGAACCCCUGGCGGCACGCAAAGAAAAGCGUGCUGAGUGCACGGGCCUUUGCAAACAUCGAAAUCCAUAACCAGAUGGCCGUGUUUUAUUAUGGGCGAACCGCAGCUGAAUUUCGACCUCGAUAAACAUUGAAUCAGUCAGAACCAAUUUCCUAUUUUAAUUCGAGGUAGCCGCACGCGAAUAAUCCACUUUGAGCCUAGCGCCUCCUGAAGACCGCACAAUCAGCCAGCAGCCCCCGCGACUCCCCGCGACUCGCAUUUAAACCCACUGUCACCUCCCCCCAACCAUCGCUUUUUCCUUUAUUCUUUUCCCAGUUAAUCGCCAAUCAUUCACACUCUGCAUUGCCUAUUUCAGCAUCGCGGCGUCAACAUUUCCAUCAAAUCCAACACCAAACCACAUCUCAAUCAUCACUUACACUUCUCAAAAUGACUGGACGUAAGUUGC